GAAUCAGGAUUGUCACGACAAGUAUCAGUCCCAUCAACUACUUCCAGGGUGUGUUUAUGUUUAUGUCUACAGGUUACAUAUGUAUAUCCGCUGCCCCUGGCACGGGGCUUCUGCCGGAUGAUGGCACAACUAUUUGGCCAAGCCGAUCAGCAGAGCUGCCGAUCCGGUGCAUCGCUUGGAUUGGGUCUAGAAGUUGAUGUUGGUGGAGCAGCCUGAUCUGCUGUUUUGAUCAAUCGAUGCUGUAAUCAGAUCGGCACCAUUCUUCCUGCGUGUCGAUAAGAGAUGCAAGCACACAUGUUGCGUUAUCCCCCUCUCCUCAAGGAUGCCCACUCUCAGUGAUCCAAAAACGGCUGACAUCGUCGUCAUGAUCGAUGACGUGCCCGCUGGUGUUCACCGUCAUGCUCGUGGUGACCUUGAGAGAAGAUUACUGAGAAAGCUUGAUUUGCGUAUGUCCAUAAUACUGAUUUUAUAUACCUUGAACUUCAUUGACAGGACCAAUAUUAGCAACGCUCGGUUGCAAGGUUUUGAGAAAGACCUGCACCUCCAUGGGGAACAAUAUGCCACAAGUUUGUCCAUCCUAUUUGUUGGAUACAUCACAAUGCAAGUGCCAGGGAAUAUGUUCCUACACUGGCUGGAAAAGCCUUCUGUCAUGCUUCCGUGUUGUAUGUUAGCAUGGGGUACAAUAUCAGUAUUGUCAGGGAUCACAACGAAUUAUACUGGGAUUGUUGUCGCCCGCUUCUUUCUUGGCCUUGCCGAAGCUCCCUUCUUUCCCGGUGUCAUAUUUCUUGUAUCUAAAUGGUACAAGCGAGACGAGGUCGCCUUGAGAAUAGCUCUCGUUUCUUGUGGAAUUUUUCUCAGCUCUGCAUUCGGAUCGCUGCUUGCAUCUGGUAUACUUCACGGCAUGCAGGACAAACUUGGUCAAGCUGCAUGGAGAUGGUUAUUUUACAUUGAAGGCGGCAUCACCAUCUCGGUUGCGAUUUGCGCGAUGUUCAUACUCCCUGAUUUCCCGUACAACACCAGGUGGUUCACCCCGGAGGAAAAAGAACUUGCUAUAUCUCGCCUUGCAGAAGAUGGCCACGAUAAUGCUGACGAACUUGGAAAGCAGACGGCCAUGCAAGGACUGCGGGAUGCCGUGUCUGACUGGAAGGUGUGGUUGUUUUCAGUUGCAGCUAUGUUCCAGGUAGUGGGGCAGUCUUUCGUCGGUUACUUCCCAACGCUGUGCGCGACACUGGGAUAUGACACGACUGUAACGCUGUUGCUUUGCGCUCCUCCGUGGGUGUUCGGGGGUAUGAUCGCAUUUUCUCUUGCAUGGUACUCUGACAAAAAGCAGAAACGUUACAAAUGCUUCAUGGUCUCCAAUGCACUCUGCGUCCUUGCAUUCACCAUAUCGAUAUUUACGAUGAACAAGGCUGCGCGCUAUAUUUCACUGUUCCUGAUGACUCAAGUCGUCGGUGGAUACUUGGUGCUCUUAGGGUGGAUCAGCAACACUUUCGCCAGAGAACCUGCGAAGCGCGCCGUUGCUAUUGCUCUGAUGAACACACUGGGGCAGACAGGCAAUGUGAUUGGAUCGUACGCAUGGUCGUCGAACUGGGGCCCGACAUAUCGUUAUUCCUAUGCCAUCUGCAUUGCUACACUUGGAGUGUCGACAUGCAUGUUUGGUGGUAUGUAUUUGUAUUUGAAGCAUUUGAAUGAGCAGAUUGAGAGGAACGAACGGGACGUAAAGGAUAUCAAUGAGCUUCGGCACCCGAUCGGUUUUAGAUAUCUGGUGUAGUUGAAGAAGAUUGCUGAGACUCUGACAGUAACAUCGGAUGGUUGUUUACCCGUUCAGAGGAGAGUCAGACCUCUGAGUCUUGUUCUUCGCAUUAAUAUUGAUAAGACAACAUGGAGACAAUGGAUAGGAUGGCAACCCCCUCAAAGCCAUUCGCAUCUGCAAAUAAGAAUGUUCAUUCGCUUCCUGAGCUCGUACGUUCAACUCAAGUCCCC